GACUUCCUGUCGGAGCAUCCGGGAGAGCUGGUGCGCACGGGCAGCCCGCACUUUGUGUGCACGGUGCUGCCGCCGCACUGGCGUUCAAACAAGACAUUGCCCGUGGCUUUCAAAGUGGUCGCUCUGGGCGACGUAGGCGACGGCACCUUGGUGACCGUCCGCGCCGGCAACGAUGAGAACUGCUGCGCGGAGCUUCGAAACAGCUCGGCGGUGAUGAAGAACCAAGUGGCAAAGUUCAAUGACCUUAGAUUCGUCGGCCGCAGUGGUCGCGGUAAAUCCUUCACGCUAACAAUAACAGUAUCGACGACACCGCCACAAGUCACUACGUACAAUAAGGCCAUCAAGGUGACGGUGGAUGGGCCACGGGAGCCGCGCUCCAAGACCAGGCAGCAGCAGCAGUUCCACUUCGCGUUCGGACAGCGGCCCUUCCCCUUCCCGCCAGACCCGCUCGGUGGCUUCCGAAUGCCGCCCAUCACCUCAUGCCAGAAUAUGAGUCAGUUCGGGCUGAGUUCAAGUAACUCGCACUGGGGUUACGGCGGCGCGGGUGCGUACCCAGCGUACUUGCCGUCGUGCGCCGCGCCCGGCGGUACGCAGUUCAACCCGCCCGCCCUCGGCUUUGCCGGCACCGUGCCCGACCAGACGCCAAACCAGGACUUCGGAACUAAUAAUACAGUACUUCCGGAUACGACAGGCGUGGAUUUGGACCAACAACUAUCGGGGCUGGUGGGCUCUUCGCCCUCGCACCACGGCAGUUUGUUACCCCGGUACAACAACAACGCGGACUACGGCCUAUCUACGGGGCCGCGCUCGCUUAGCGACAACAGUUCGCAGCCCGAAUCGCCAGUCCAAGACGAUCUACUCACCUCCAACACCACCACAAACAUCGGCCACAACCACACGAACAGUUCCAACUUCCCUACGCUAAUGGGUUCACAGAACUCAUAUGGUGGUGGGAAUUGCAACAAUUCCUUAUACCCGGUUCUACCUGCGAGUCUACUUUACAGCCAACUAUACACGGCAGCGAAUCAGACGCAUAAUUUUCACUCGUUACACUCGAAUUCGAUACAUUCUACACAAAAUCAUCAUAACGAAUUACAAACGAUGAUGGAUCAGAUAUCUUCGACGACGAAUAAUCACAGACAACACGGUAAUCAUGGACAAGGAGAGUUGUUACUGGGCGGCGGGAACUCUUGUGCUGCGGCAGCUUCUAGAGGCGAAGACGGUAGAGUGAAUAGCCUCGGACAACGCGGCAAUCCUCAGCCCGAUAGUAACACAGUUUGGCGGCCAUAUUGAAACAUUUAGUGUGCAAAUUAUAACUUAACAAAACCUGGCACUAAUUGUAGAAUAUUACCUCAUUGCCGUAGUUUAGAACUUUGUAAUGACGUUGUAUGUUUUACACAAUUUUUAUUUGUUAAUUGAAAACGUGAUAAUUACUUUUGUUUGAAAUAAAACUUAUUUCGAUUAGGCCUAGUGCAACGAAAUAGAUAUAAAAAUUAUACAUGUAAAAUGUAAGAUAUUGUUAAAAGAACUUGAAAUAGUUGAAAUUUUGUCAAUUUUUUUUUAAAAGAAUUUGUU